AUGUCGGCGGAAGUUGAAGACGGGGACGUUCCGACAUCAAAAAAACCGAAAGAAUCGAGGUUUUACCAGCAGAAACUAUGGGCAUGGCAGCCUAUUCUUACAGCCAGUAACAUAUGUCCCUACUUCUACAUUGUUGCCAUCCUAUUUAUUCCUCUCGGUGCCUUCUUUUUGGCUACAUCUAACGGGGUUACCGAAAUUUCCAUUCCAUAUACUCAUUGCGUCUCGCUGAAUUCCGUGGGAACAUCCUGUGCAGAACAUGUAAAAGAUCCAUCAUUAGGACUUUGCCGAUGCCGAGUUAAUUUCACAUUAGAUGCAGAUUUGCAGGUAAAACUAUUCCAAAACCGCCUUUUUUACUAG